GAAGGGGGGGGGGGGGGAAGGGAGGGGGGCGGGGCUCUAGCCCACCCUUACAUGGAGAUGGGACGCUGAGGCUCACGGGCUUUACCCAUUGGCCGGCCUCACUGACUCCCCAUCAGGGGCCCGGGCCCUCGGCCCCAGACUAGGGACUGCCAGCCUCGGCCACGUCGGGCCUGGUCCCGCUACGCUCCUCCUUUCUCGGGCGGAGGCAAAGGCAGUGGGACGGAGGGCGCGGGUCCUUCCCCGUGGCCGCACGUGCUGGGGUUGAUGAAGGGGAGGGGCCCGGCCCUGCGCCUGCUCAGUGGGUCGGGACGCCAGAAGAGUUCUGCUGGGGGCGGGAUUAGAGCAGAGAUUGGUAAAGAAGAGGGGGCCUAUAUUGGCGCCUGCUCAAUGGGCGGUGUAGGACUGCUGGGGGCGGGGUUAGUGGAGGCGGGAGCCUGCAUUUGCGCCUGCUCAGUGGGAGCGCACGGCUCCAUGAAGGGGAGGAGAGAGAAAGGGAGGGCGCUCGGGCUUUGCGCCUGCUCCGUAAGCGCGCGCGUGUCCCGCCUUGGGUAGCCGCUUCAGGGGCGCGUGUUGUGCGUUGCUAGGCGACGCGGGACGGAGGCGGGAUUCGAGGGGCGCACUUCCUGGGAAUCCUGGGUCCAGAGCCGGAAGUUUUCGCGGUUGCCUUAGCAACUGUACCUCAGAGGGCUCACUCAGUCUUAGCGAGGCUGGUUUGGUGAGGUUCCUCGUCCCUGACCCAGGUGAGGCUGAGGCAGCGGCCGCUCGGAACUCUGGAGUUCACAGGAGCAGCGGCCGGGGACGCGCCCGCCCCAUUUUGUCGACGGGGAGACUGAGGCCCCGGACGCAGGAGGCAGAGGCUCGAAUGCGCCUGGCAGCGGGUCGUGGGUGUAGAGUUUGAGGUUCAAGCCUCUCCAUUUCACUGGUGGGGAAACUGAGGGCGAGGCGCUUGCCCCAGGUCACCCUGCCCCGAGAGCCCAGGAUGCCGCACUAGAGCGAAGGAACAUGGAGUCCCACCCCCUCCUUUUACAGGGAGGGAAACAGGCAUCUGUGCAGUGGAGGCACUCCCCCUCCCCCCGCCGCGUGUUAGUUGUGGGACUGGCCAGGUCACAGAUUGCAUCCACAGGAUCUGCCCCGAGGGGCUCCGGUGGGGGGGACCCUGGGCAAGGCCUGGGCUGCGGAGCCUCAGUUUCCCCAUCUGUACCUUCAGUUCUUCCUGGCUCUGUAAGUCAAAGGCUUGGAGCAGAGCCCCCCUCCCCCCUCCGCCAGCGUGACAGGCCCAGGCCCCUCAGACAAGUCUGCGACCACAAUUGGGGCCCCCCCUUUGGAGCCACGGAGGAAGCCCGUCUCCCCAGGCUGGGGGGGCCAUGGCCGCCAUAUCCCGUGUAAGACUCUUGGGUAACCGUCUGAACUGCUCCAUAAGCACUGUUAGAGCCCCUCACCCCCUCCCGUGAGCCAGGCAGAGGGACUGAAGCUUAUGUUCUGAAGGGGGAGACAGCAGGGGCUUAGCUCUGUCCAGAAUAACUCGCCAAACUAACUUUUUCUGAAAACAGGGCUCAUAAUAAGGGAGGGAUUGGGCCGAGGUUGCCGGCUAAUUGUAAAAGGCAGCACUUGAACCCCUACCCUGUGACUCCCAGUGCCAGGUUCUUUCUCGGUUCCGUCUCAGAGCUGCCUUCAGGAUGGCCAGUGCUCGAGUCACGGUUUUCCGGUUGUUUUCUUGGCAGUGCUUCCUGAAGGGAGGAUUCCUUCCCACUUCUCGCCUGGAGGGAUGGCGACCCCUCGGAUUUCUCAGUACCUGCCUCCGGACAUUGACCCUACCAAAAUUCCCAUUGCCUAUGGGAACCGGGCUCUGCCCAAGCUGAAUGAGGAGCUCCAGUCUGAGGAGCUGCUGACUCGGAAGAAGGCCCUCAUGGCCCUGUGUGACCUGGUGCACGACCCCGAGCACGUGUACGAAGCUAUCCGCUUAGGGUUUCUGGACAGCUUGAAGAACCUGCUAAGAGAUGAAGACAACAUCGUGCGGCAAAAGACGAUUGAGAUUCUGUACAUCAUGGCGAACCAUAGCGUGGGCAGGGAAGGCUUUUUACAGCACCAAGUCAUCAUCGCGCUCUCGGUGAUCCUGGACGACACCGUCUUCGCCUGCCGCAUGUUCAUGCACAUGGCCUACCGGAGCGUGGCCCAGGUGCCCCAAGGGGCUGACGCCAUCCUCGCCAGUGGGCUGAUCCCCUUCCUGGUGGAAAAGCUCGAGGAGGAAGAAGAGGAAAUCCAGGAGGUCAUCCUGGACACGCUCUACUUCUGCCUGCAGUGGGACGCCCUGCAGGCCCUGCAGAGCAACGCCGUGCCCAUCCUGCGCGAAAAGCUCACCAGCUCCAACGAGGACAUCCGCAGCAAAGCCGCCCGCACCCUGAUGGCCAUCUGCAUGCUUCUGGACGGGAAGAAUGAGGUAUGGAGGCACGACGUCAUUCCCCUGCUGGUGAUGCUGCUGGAUGACCCGAGUAUCGACGUGAAGGGCAAUGCCGCGGGGGCCCUGAUGUUUGCCACGGUCACCACUGAAGGCAAGUACGCCGCCCUGGACGCGGGAGCCAUCCCGUUUCUGCUGGAACUGCUGAAUAUCGACUUGCCCAAAGUGCGCUUGAACGCCAUCAAGACGCUGACCAUGCUGGCCGAGGCCCCCGAGGGUCGGCGGGACCUGCUCCCGCAGGUGACCAGGUUCAAGGCUCUGGACCAAGACCCCGUCCUGUACGUGAGGCACGCGGCCCGGAUCGCCACCAAGGUCAUCGAGUGGAAGCCCUGAAGUCCCGGCCCCGGAGAGAGACCCGCGGGCCUUCUCCCAGAACCCCCAAUAAUGGUUUGUCUCAGC